UUGCUCAGCCCAAGGGACUGAGGCUGCAGGGACCCAGGCUGCAGGGGGAGCUCCGGCAGCCAGAGAGCCAUGCGCUCUGCCUCUGCCUGGAAUGGAGCACGGAGACGCCGGCUUGUAUGAAGAAUACCAGUCCCCUUUUGAUUUCAAUACAGGAGUGCACAAAAGCUACCUCUACCUGUCCCCCAGUGGGAAUUCGUCUCCACCCGGAUCACCGACUCAGAAAUUUGGUUUGCUGAGGACAGAUGCAGUACCUGAAGAAGGAGAAGAUGCGGCAGCCACCCUCAGCACCACCGAGACGCUCUCAGAAGAGGAGCAGGAGGAGCUGAGAAGAGAGCUGGCAAAGGUGGAAGAAGAAAUCCAGACUCUAUCUCAAGUGUUAGCAGCAAAAGAGAAGCAUCUAGCAGAGAUCAAACGGAAACUUGGGAUCGGUUCACUACAGGAGCUAAAGCAGAACAUUGCCAAAGGGUGGCAGGAUGUGACGGCCACGUCAGCAUACAGGAAGACCUCUGAAACAUUAUCGCAGGCUGGACAGAAGGCUUCAGCAGCCUUUUCAUCUGUUGGCUCUGUCAUCACCAAAAAGCUGGAAGAUGUAAAAUUGCAGGCCUUUUCGCAUUCCUUUAGUAUACGCUCCAUUCAACAUUCAAUUAGCAUGCCUGCUAUGAGAAACUCCCCAACUUUCAAGUCAUUUGAAGAAAAGGUUGAAAACUUAAAGUCUAAAGUAGGGGGAACCAAGCCUGCUGGCGGUGAUUUUGGAGAAGUUUUGAAUUCAGCUGCAAAUGCUAGUGCCACCGCCACGGAGCCGCCUCCAGAACAGACACCGGAGAGCCUGUGAGAUUGCUACCUUUGUUCCACUACCCACUGCCAGAUGCUGCAAGCAAGAUCCAAGCACAUCUUGUCAACAUUCAUUGCUAUGGAUUUCUACCAGAUGUGCUUUUAUUUAGCUUUACAUAUUUCUUUGACCAAAUAGUUUGUGAGUUAAACAAAAUGAAAAUAUCUUCACCUCUACUCCUAGGAAACAUCCUGAAUAUGUAUUCAAGGCCCUACAUUUAGGGAAAUACUAUUAUGCAGACAGAGGUAGUACCUGGAGGCACUUGCUAGAAUGAUCUGAGAAGCUGAAGAUGAUUAUAGUUGCUUUUCCUACUUUACAAAAUUGCUCUGCAUCUGAGAUGCUACUUGGAUCUUUGUCUUCUAGAUGAUUUUUUCCCCCUUCUUUGACUCUGUAUAUUUGAUUGCUAAUUCAAAUUGUUGUUUUAAUUUUUCUGAAUCUUGGUUAUUAAAAGUUUCUCUGCUGUUUUAUUUACAUUUAAGUGAAGAACUUACCAGCUACAAAAAUUUUGUUUCUGAAUAAACUGUUUUUGUAUAAGGUACUUAUCUUGGGUGUGUGAAGAUACCAGAAUGAAGUAAAGAACUUUAAAUCCAAUUUGUUAUAGUUGUGUAACAGUAUGUACAGUAAUUCCAACUACUGGGUGACUUGGGAGUGGGACCUCCCCAUAUCCUUAACUGCCAUUUAUGACUAUAACCAUUUUAGCAUUAUUGUUAUUAUGCCACUUAUAUCAAUUUUUGACAAUACUAACAUUUUAAUUUCAGAGUAAAUGGACAGUUGACCAAAUAAUAAGUCAAGCGUAUCAGUAGGUUUAAAUAUGAUUGUGCUUAUCAAUGUUUUAUUCAAACACCUGAACUAUUUUAGGUCUUGAUGGAUGUAAACAUGGCAAGAUCAAUUACAUUAGGGAAAGUAUUCUUAUCUCCAUUUAAUCUAUUUAGCACCUUUUAAAAAAGCACAGUUACAUGACAUAUAACUUGAACAUUUUUAUAUUAAGGUAUUGCUGAUAACUCCAGAGGGUGUGAUUUAUUUAUAAAAAUCAAUUCAUCAUUCCCUACUUGUUUGCAGUGUUGGAAAUGGUACCAUAGACACUGUUCCUGUUUUAAAAAAUGAUACCCAGGCUAGUGAAUCAAAUCCUCUGCAUAGAGGCCAAGGUACUUUGAUAACUACUGACUUAUCUCCACUACCAUUUCCUUAUGCUAUACAUUUAUAGCCUAUAAUGCUAUCUGUUAUGUAUCAAGUUGUGACUGUUUUAUUGUUUAUGCCAAAUGUUAACUGCCAAGCGUGGAGUCACUUAGGGCAAUUUUUUAAUAGCAUGACUAGAUUUACUUCAAGAUAAAUUCUUCUAAAAACCAAAUUUAAAAAGCAACAAUGUUGAUUGUUAUGAAAUGACAUGCUGCCAUUCUUGACUGCUAGAGCUUUUGUUAGCACUUUAGAUGCAACUGAAACUAUGCUCAAUUACAUGUGCAAAGCUUAAUAAAUUCUGCGUAUCAGUA